GCUCGUCUGCGGGUCGACCAAACGCAGCCCAGCACGACACCGAGAAACAAAAUAUACCUCCAGCUCCACCAUCCGUCUGACCCUCCCCUCUGCCAAUCCACAUCGUCGCACCACAUUCGCCCCCACCCCGUGUUCUCUCCUGCACAAUGCGAUACUUUCGAUCAGCAGCUCUGGCCCUGCUGCCGCUGCUUGCCCUAAGCGCCACUGCCCAAGUCGAGGUAACUAGCACGUUUUCGCCGCAGUCGAGCUCGCGCGACUCUGCUCAGCAGCAUCGGCAGCAUCAGCAGCAAGCUCUUGUUGCAGUGCCUGUGUCUCGCCCCCGGAUCAAUUCCUCCUCUAGUCUUCUCACAAGCUGUUUGCUGAUGCUCCCUAGGCCGUGUGGGAAGAGCUGACCGACGAAGAAGCCGCGGCGGCGACGGGCCAGCCCACCAUUGCACUCGACGUCAAGACCACCUUUCCCUACAGCGAGUUUGGCGUCAAGCUCGUGAAUAAUCAUGCAACACAGGCAGUAUGUUCUCUUUGAUGGUUCAGGACGCCGACCGGGCUGCGUGCGCAUCGACGGCUUGUUUGGACGAGCUUGUUCGAGUCCAGCAGCUUCGAGCAGGAAGUGAGAUAGCUCGUCCACAGCUCGUCUGUAGCCGUGCACAGUCUGCCCCGAGUCGGCGGAGCAAUUGGUCGCACGGGCACGAAGAGUCUGAUCAAACGUCACAGGUGCUGACUUUCAACAACAAAGAGACGGAGCCCGUGCGCGUUCAGAUUGUUGGUGGUUCUCUGUGGGACAUCAAGGCCGACACCAUCGUGCGCAACUUGACGGCCAUUCCGUACAAUGUCGAGGUGCCUGCAGGCUCGGAGCAGAGCCUCACGUACAACUUCGCUACGGAGCUGCACCCGCAAGACCUCCGUCUGUACCUCGCAGCCCUUGUGACCAAGGGCGAGAUGGGCUUCCAGGUGUCAGCCUACAACGGCACCGUCUCCGUCGUGGAGGCCCCGCUCUCCUUCUUUGACCCCCAGAUGAUUUUCUUGUACGUCUUUCUCUCGGCCUGCUUCGCUGGCACGUGCUACUUCAUCUACAACACAUGGAUUGCGACACUGUUCCCGCAGAAGAAGCGCGGUGGCAAAGGCGGCGAGCGUGCCAAGGGUCCGUCCAAGGCCGGCAAGCCUGUUGACUCGUCUGACCAGGCGGCGGACGGACCGGCCACGGCGAGCGGUGCCAAAGUGUUGGAUGAGAGCUGGAUUCCGCCCCAGCACCUGAAGAAGCCGGAGGCAAAGAGAACGGGAAGCGGCAGGGCCAGCACGCCGAAGUCGAAAGCCAGGUAAGAACGGGCGGAGGUUGUGUUGGGUCUGGAAAGUGAGGGAGGAGUUUGUUGCUGCUGCACGUGCUUACGUGGGAGGACAGGUGGGGUGACUGGGCACAACAGGAAGAGAAGACGAGGGCAAUUGGUUGCUCCUUGGUCACGACCAGGAGAAUUAAAAAAUGCAUCUGCGUGUUGGGGAAAUUUCUUGGUUCUCCCCGGUUCUCUUGCAGGCCAUCUGCACUGUACAAAAAAAAAUGCAGUACAUCACCAGAGCAAUCAGGGUACCAUCUAUCGAAGCAAAGACUAUGUAUGUUUGUAUUGUCUGACUUGCAACGGUCGGACGCUACAUGGCAGAACACAUGGAUUUUGAAAUUUUUUUUA